AAAAGUAGGUGAAAGGUGAGGAUUAACAAGAAGGAAAGAAAGGGCUGGUUCCGGGACAAAGGGCUGCGGCCGCGCCUGCGCAGAAGGUCCCGGGCAGCGGGGGAGGGCCCCCUGCGAGGUGACGGCGGGUUGCCAUGGCGGCGCUGAGCGGCCUGGCGUCGGCGCUGGAGUCGUACCGAGGCCGCGACCGCCUGAUCCGGACCCUGGGGUACUGCUGCCAGCUGGUCGGCGGGGUCUUGGUGGAACAAGGUCCGGCCAGGGCAGACGUGGGGGCCCUGCUGGCAGUGUCCUCCCAGCUCAGCGGCUGUAGGACCAUCCUUCGCCUCUUCGAUGACGCGGCCAUGUUUGUGUACACGAAGCAGUAUGGCCUGGGGGCAGAGGAGGAGGACAUCUUGGUCCGCUGUGUGUCUGUCCUGGGCAACCUGGCCGACCAGCUGUACUACCCCUGCGAGCACAUCGCCUGGGCUGCUGAUGCCAAGAUCCUCCACGUGGACUCCGCCCGGUGGUGGGUGCUGAGCACGGCCUUCUGGGGGCUCUCGCUGCUCCUGGGGAUUGUCAGGUCCCUGUGGGUGGUCCUGAAGCUGAGACAGCAGCUGAGGAGCCCUGCAGCGGCCGUCACCAGCCAGCGGUCCCGGAGCGCGCGGGGGGCCGUGGAGGCCCGGAUCCAGUCGGAGCUCAUGACUCUCCUGAGCAACCUGGCCGACCUGGCCAACGCCGUGCACUGGCUGCCCCCAGGUUUCCUGUGGGCAGGCCGCUUCCCUCCGUGGCUGGUGGGCCUCCUGGGCACCAUCUCCUCCCUCCUCAGCGUGUUCCAGGCAGCCCGGGCCAGCGGCUGGGCUGACAAGGCCGCCUCCUGACCGGCCGGAAGUGCAUGGACACCGCCGGAACCUGCUGAAGGGCCUUCCACAGACAGAAAUCACCGGGCAGGCAGCUGGGUCUCUGAGCAAACCAAGGCCAGAUGCGGGGAGCUGCAACCCAGAGGACACAGGGCGUGACCUGGGGCACAAGCUCAGUGAGGCAGGAUGUGGGUGGGCUGAGGUCCCCGGGUGCUGGGGGUCUGGGCCCUUCCCCCCAGGGCCCUUCCCCCCCGCCCCCCACUUGGAGGAGGUGUCUCUCAGGGCCAGAGCAGAGGACCCGGGACUCCCAUGUAGACGAAAAGGCCACAGCGGCCUAAGCAGAGCCUCACUCCCGUCCCUGGCAUCCUGUAUCCAGAUAGGCAGGCCAGGAUGGUACGCGCCAAACGGGCCUUAGGAAAGCUGACAUGAGAAUCAAUUAAAACUGUGGUGCUGGUGCGAGGCCCAGGGUGAGUCCUUUUUCCUAAACUCACCAGCUCCUUGCCCCUCCCGCCCGCUGGCCCGCUCACUGCACGCCCUCUCCCUGCACCUUAGUUCAGGGAGGGCAGGCGGUGCCACCUCUGGACGUGACGGCCAUGUGCCUGGGUGGCUUCUCAGGGGACAGAGCUGCAGUGGAGGCCACACCUCCCAUGACCCUUUCUGGAACCUCUUUGGCUGGUGGUCCUAUCCGGUGAAGGCUGCUGGGGCCGUGCCCACAUCACAUCCUUCCCUCCUGAUCAUUGUGAGGUGCUUGUGGUCGAAGCAGCUGACACUCAGCCACAGCUCGGACCAGGGCCAUCAUCCCUUCAGGCCCGUCUGCACAUCUCCUAGGUUCCUCGCGGGGCCGGCCGGCGUCUAAAGAUGCUGUGGCUCUGUCUCCCACCUCAUGGAGACGUGGCAGGACCGGUGCGUUUGUUUUCAGUCUGACACCUGAGGCCAGAAGUGUAUGCGUGCGUGUGCGUGUGCGUGUGGCAUUGGUAGAUGAUGCCCAGCCUGCGCCUGCGCCUGCUGGGCGAUCUCCAUGUGUCCCUGGACCCUCCACCUUAGUCCCAGCGGGAAGAAGGGAAUCAGGCUCUGCCUUACGUCCCCGAAGUGCCUGGAAGACUCAACAAGACCUGUGCUUGCAG